AUGGGGCCCGGCCGGCCGGCCCCCGCACCCUGGCCUCGUCACCUGCUGCGCUGCGUCCUUCUCCUCGGGGGCCUGCACCUCGGCCGCGCCGGGGCCGCCGCCGCCGCCCCCCCGGACCCCGAUGUCUUCCUCAUCUUCAGCCACGGCCUGCAGGGCUGCCUGGAAGCCCUGGGCGGGCAGGUCCGCGUCACCCCAGCCUGCAAUGCCAGUCUGCCUGCCCAGCGCUGGAAGUGGGUCUCCCGAAACCGGCUCUUCAACCUGGGGACCACGCAGUGCCUGGGUACCGGCUGGCCGGGCACCAAUACCACAGCCUCCCUGGGCAUGUACGAGUGUGACCGGGAGGCGCUGAAUCUUCGCUGGCACUGUCGCACGCUGGGCGACCAGCUGUCCUUGCUCCUGGGGGGCCGUGCCGGCAACGUGUCCAAGCCCGGCACCCUUGAGCGUGGCGACCAGACGCGCAGUGGCCAGUGGCACAUCUAUGGCAGCGAUGAGGAUCUGUGCGCCCGGCCCUACUAUGAGGUCUACACCAUCCAGGGGAACUCCCACGGGAAGCCGUGCACCAUCCCCUUCAAGUACGACAGCCAGUGGUUCCAUGGCUGCACCAGCACGGGCCGUGAGGACGGGCACCUGUGGUGCGCCACCACCCAGGACUAUGGCAAGGACGAGCGCUGGGGCUUCUGCCCCAUCAAGAGUAACGACUGCGAGACCUUCUGGGACAAGGACCAGCUGACCGACAGCUGCUACCAGUUUAACUUCCAGUCCACGCUGUCAUGGCGGGAGGCCUGGGCCAGUUGCGAGCAGCAGGGGGCGGACCUGCUGAGCAUCACAGAGAUCCACGAGCAGACCUACAUCAAUGGGCUCCUCACCGGGUACAGCUCCACGCUGUGGAUUGGCCUGAACGACUUGGACACCAGUGGCGGCUGGCAGUGGUCAGACAACUCACCUCUCAAGUACCUCAACUGGGAGAGCGAUCAGCCCGACAACCCCAGUGAGGAGAACUGUGGCGUGAUCCGCACCGAGUCCUCGGGCGGCUGGCAGAACCGCGACUGCAGCAUCGCGCUGCCCUACGUGUGCAAGAAGAAGCCAAACGCCACGGCUGAGCCCAGCCUGCCAGAGAGGUGGGCCAACGUGAAGGUGGAGUGCGAGCCCAGCUGGCAGCCCUUCCAGGGCCACUGCUAUCGCCUGCAGGCCGAGAAGCGCAGCUGGCAGGAGUCCAAGAAGGCGUGCCUGCGGAGCGGGGGCGACCUGCUGAGCAUCCACAGCAUGGCCGAGCUGGAGUUCAUCACCAAGCAGAUCAAGCAAGAGGUGGAGGAGCUGUGGAUCGGCCUCAAUGACCUGAAGCUGCAGAUGAAUUUUGAGUGGUCGGACGGGAGCCUUGUGAGCUUCACCCACUGGCACCCUUUCGAGCCCAACAACUUCCGCGACAGUCUGGAGGACUGUGUCACCAUCUGGGGGCCGGAAGGCCGCUGGAAUGACAGUCCCUGUAACCAGUCCUUGCCAUCCAUCUGUAAGAAGGCAGGCCAGCUGAGCCAGGGUGCUGCCGAUGAGGACCACGGCUGCCGCCAGGGUUGGACAUGGCACAGCCCCUCCUGCUACUGGCUGGGAGAGGACCAAGUGACCUACAGCGAGGCCCGGCGCCUGUGCACCGACCACGGCUCCCAGCUGGUCACCAUCACCAACAGGUUCGAGCAGGCCUUCGUCAGCAGCCUCAUCUACAACUGGGAGGGCGAGUACUUCUGGACAGCCCUGCAGGACCUCAACGGCACCGGCUCCUUCUGCUGGCUCAGCGGGGACGAGGUCAUGUACACCCACUGGAACCGCGACCAGCCCGGCUUCAGCCGUGGGGGCUGCGUGGCCCUGGCCACAGGCAGCGCCAUGGGACUGUGGGAGGUGAAGAACUGCACCUCGUUCCGCGCUCGCUACAUCUGCCGGCAGAGCCUGGGCACACCAGUGACGCCAGAGCUGCCGGGGCCAGACCCCACGCCCAGCCUCACCGCUUCCUGUCCCCAGACCUGGGCCUCGGACCCCAAACUCCGGCAUUGCUAUAAGGUGUUCAGCUCAGAGCGGCUGCAGGACAAGAAGAGCUGGAUCCAGGCCCAGAGGGCCUGCCAGGAGUUGGGAGCCCAGCUGCUAAGCCUGGCCAGCUAUGAGGAGGAGCACUUUGUGGCCAACAUGCUUAACAAGAUCUUCGGUGAAUCAGAGCCCGAGAUCCACGAGCAGCACCUGUUCUGGAUCGGCCUGAACCGUCGCGACCCCCGCGCGGGUCAGAGCUGGCGCUGGAGCGACGGCCUUGGGUUCUCUUACCACAACUUCGACCGGAGCCGGCACGACGACGACGACAUCCGGGGCUGCGCGGUGCUGGACCUGGCCUCGCUGCAGUGGGUGGCCAUGCAGUGCGAGACGCAGCUGGACUGGAUCUGCAAGAUCCCCAGAGGUGUCGACGUGCGGGAACCUGACAUCAGCCCGCAAGGCCGGCGGGAAUGGCUGCGCUUCCAGGAGGCCGAGUACAAGUUCUUCGAGCAUCACUCGGCGUGGGCGCAGGCGCAGCGCAUCUGCACGUGGUUCCAGGCCGAGCUGGCCUCUGUGCACAGCCAGGCUGAGCUGGACUUCCUGGGGCACAACCUGCAGAAGUUCUCCCGGGGCCAGGAGCAGCAUUGGUGGAUCGGCCUGCACACUUCGGAGAGUGAUGGGCGCUUCAGGUGGACAGAUGGUUCCGUUAUAAACUUCAUCUCCUGGGCUCCUGGCAAACCUCGGCCCAUCGGCAAAGACAAGAAGUGCGUGUACAUGACGGCCAGCCGAGAAGACUGGGGGGACCAGAGGUGCCUGACAGCCUUGCCCUACGUCUGCAAGCGCAGUAACAGCACCAGAGAGACGCAGCUCCCAGACCUGCCUCCCGCGGCUGUGGGGGGCUGCCCCUCUGGCUGGAACCAGUUCCUCAACAAGUGUUUCCGGAUCCAGGGCCAGGACCCCCAGGACCGGGUGAAGUGGUCGGAGGCACAGUUCUCCUGUGAGCAGCAGGAGGCUCAGCUGGUCACCAUUGCGAACCCCUUAGAGCAAGCAUUCAUCACUGCCAGCCUGCCCAAUGUAACCUUUGACCUUUGGAUUGGCCUCCAUGCCUCGCAGAGGGACUUCCAGUGGGUGGAGCAGGAGCCACUGCUGUAUUCCAACUGGGCUCCCGGAGAGCCCUCUGGCCCUAGCCCUGCUCCCAGUGGCAACAAGCCGACCAGCUGUGCGGUGGUCCUGCACAGCCCCUCAGCCCACUUCACUGGCCGCUGGGACGAUCGGAGCUGCACGGAGGAGAAGCACGGCUUCAUCUGCCAGAAGGGCACAGACCCCUCCCUGAGCCCUUCCCCGGCAGCCACGCCCCCGGCGCCGGGCACGGAGCUCUCCUACCUCAACGGCACCUUCCGGCUGCUGCACAAGCCGCUGCGCUGGCACGACGCCCUCCUGCUGUGCGAGAGCCGCAACGCCAGCCUGGCCCACGUGCCUGACCCCUACACGCAGGCCUUCCUCACGCAGGCUGCCCGAGGGCUGCGCACGCCACUCUGGAUCGGGCUGGCCAGUGAGGAGGGCUCCCAGCGCUACUCCUGGGUCUCAGAGGAGCCGUUGAGCUACGUGAGUUGGCAAGAUGGGGAGCCCCAGCAGCCGGGGGGCUGUGCCUACGUGGACCUGGACGGGGCCUGGCGCACCACCAGCUGUGACACCAAGCUGCAGGGGGCUGUGUGCGGGGUCAGCAGGGGGCCCCCUCCCCUCCGAAGAGUCAGCUACCAGGGCAGCUGUCCCCAGGGGCUGGCCGACUCGGCCUGGAUUCCGUUCCGGGAGCACUGCUAUUCCUUCCACAUGGAGCUGCUGCUGGGCCACAAGGAGGCGCUGCAGCGCUGCCAGAGAGCGGGUGGUGCAGUGCUGUCCAUCCUGGAUGAGAUGGAGAAUGUGUUUGUCUGGGAGCACCUGCAGAGCUCCGAGGGCCAGAGUCGCGGCGCCUGGCUGGGCAUGAACUUCAACCCCAAAGGGGGCACCCUGGUCUGGCAGGACAACACGGUGGUGAACUACUCGAACUGGGGGCCCCCCGGCCUGGGCCCCAGCAUGCUGAGCCACAACAGCUGCUACUGGAUCCAGAGCAGCAGCGGGCUGUGGCGCCCCGGCGCCUGCGCCAACGUCACCAUGGGCGUCGUCUGCAAGCUCCCGCGCGUGGGGGAGAGCAGCUUUUCUCCAUCAGCAGCCCUGCCGGAGAACCCCGCAGCCCUGGUGGUGGUGCUGAUGGCCGUGCUGUUGCUCCUGGCCCUGUUGACCGCCGCCCUCAUCCUCUACCGCCGGCGACAGAGCAUCGAACGGGGGGCCUUCGAGGGUGCCCGCUACAGCCGCAGCAGCACUGGCCCAGGCGAGGCCACUGAGAAGAACAUCCUGGUGUCCGACAUGGAAAUGAACGAGCAGCAAGACUAGAGCCAAGGGCAUGGGCAGGGCGGGGGGCAGGAGGAAGGCUGAGGAGCCAGGCCCCCCGCCAGCACCAGGUCUGCUCGGCUGUGGAGGGGGCCCUUGGGAGUGACUGCUGGGAGCCGGGGCUGGGGGUUCUGCCCUCCGUGAGGGCAGAGUGCACUGUGUUUCCCUGGGGUGGGGGCCGCCAGUCCUGUCGCCUGGCCUGUGCCCCAGGGUAACCAGAGGCAGGGUGGAAGGGGGACGAGGGACUGCUGCUGCUCCCACCAGAGCCCCUCGCCCAGGCCUGUCGACCCUCAUGCCCACCAGGACCCCCUUAGGUGCAGAGCCCGCAGAGGUUCCCUAUCCCCUGGGUAGCUCCCUUUGUCGCUUCUCUCUUCCCACCCGGCAGGCUCAGCUCUGCACCCCUCCCCCUGCCCCUUUGCCCCCGACUCACCCAGCCUGCCCUCUGAGCCUGGGUCCUGGGGUUUGGGGCAGCCCUCCUGCUCUUGAUGGGGAUCAGUUCAGGGGGCUGGGCACCCCACUGCUGUGCCUGCUGGGGAGGCUGUGGGGCGCGGCAGGAGGGCCCUGGGUAGGUCAGGCCUGAGAACCAGGGCCCCAGUGUGGGGUCUGCUGGCUGGACGCAGGACUAGGGAGAGACACCCCAACCUCCCAAAGGAGAGGGCUGGGGUGUCAUCUCCUGCCGGUCGGGGGGGGGCCGUGUCCCUGAAAGAGUCCCCUGUGGGGACAGAAGUAAGUUCCCUAUCGUGUCCAGCUCCUGGCUCUGGUUUGGAGAGAGGGGAGGGGCUUGCCUGCAUACUGGUGGCCUGGGAGAAGCAGGUGCCCAGGGCCGGCUCCAGGUGUCACGCUCCGGUGAGGCUCAGAGGAUUGCGCCUGCGCUCUGAGCGCCCCUUUGGAGGUGGGGAUCUUGGUGGGGGGUGGGAGGGAGUGUGCAGCCAGUCCUGGGGCCCCAGAGUGGGACAAUGUGAACACGGACUCCAAGACAUGGUCCCUUUUGUGUAGUUCUUGAUUUUUUUUAAAUGUGCCAUUAUUUUGGAAAAAAAAGGAAAAAAGAAAAGCAAACAAAUAAAACACCUGUAAGAGGCUUGAGAGAGAGG